UAUCGCACCACAUAAAGGCAUUGCGUUGUAGACACCGUUACCCGCAAUAUUAUUCUCUUACUUAUUACCUUUAAUUAAUAAUUCGUUGAUUCGUUCGUUCGUCCGUUCGGUUAUUUAUAAAGGUCUGCCAAAAAUACUUUUAUUUCCAUCGGAAAGAAAUAUCAUAGAAUUUAGAAAAAGAAAAGAAAAAUCCCAUUAUUUAAUCUUCGAGUUCUAAAGGCGUUCUCAACUGGAAGAUUGUUUUUAAAGAAGAGACGUCGUCUCCAUUGGAGGGUUUUUGGGCGUGGACACUUUUUAAAAUUUAAAGGCUGUUUAUAAAAGAAAAUUAAUAUCAGGUUCGAUAUUCGAAACACGCGUUCACAUUUCCUAUAAAUACUGAAAUAGAAUUAAAAUAUUUAAGAAAGGGGAAAAGAAGGGAAAUUUUAAACCAAAAAAAAAGAGAGAGAAAAAAGAGACUGUUUAAAAGUUAGUGUUAUAAUCCUAACCGAAUAAAAAAAAAGAUUCAAUUUGUUAUUUAAAUAUUAAAAAAAAAGGGAAAAUAUAAAUAAAAAUAACGGACCCCGGCGCUACAAUUUCUAAAACAACGUCGUAAGAAAACCUUCUUCUACAUUCCAUUCUGCCGCUAAAAGUCUCAGCAUCCUCCAACCACUGAUUUUCAUCGUUAAAAGACCGAUUUCUUACGUAGUUAGGUGACGUAUUAGAAGAGUGCAAUGAUGGCAAACGGAAUGGAUACAGUACAACAAAAUGGGGGCUCGACCCUUGGCCAAACUUCACAGGAGGAAUCCAAGACAAAUUUGAUUGUAAAUUAUUUGCCGCAGACAAUGACCCAGGAGGAAAUCCGGUCACUGUUCUCCAGUAUCGGCGAAGUUGAGAGCUGCAAACUCAUCAGAGAUAAACUCACUGAUUUCGGUCAAAGCUUAGGCUAUGGAUUUGUUAAUUACCAUCGGCCGGAAGACGCUGAUAAGGCCAUCAACACAUUGAAUGGUCUUCGUCUGCAAAAUAAAACGAUCAAGGUAUCAUAUGCAAGACCGAGCAGCGAAGCGAUAAAGGGAGCUAAUUUAUACGUGAGCGGCUUGCCAAAAAAUAUGGCACAACAAGAUCUUGAGAAUCUUUUCAGUCCUUAUGGAAGAAUCAUUACGUCUCGAAUCCUUUGUGACAACAUCACUGUACGACAGUUUGUGACUGGCGGCGGAGACAAUUUGCCCGAUAUUUGUUUGUCGGAUUUGGCAGGUCUGUCAAAAGGCGUUGGAUUCAUAAGAUUCGAUCAACGUGUGGAGGCUGAGCGCGCGAUACAAGAGCUAAACGGGACCAUUCCCAAGGGUUCGUCGGAACCAAUCACGGUUAAAUUUGCCAACAAUCCGAGCAACAACAACAAGGCAAUCCCGCCAUUGGCAGCAUAUUUGACACCACAGGCGACUCGCCGUUUCGGCGGUCCAAUUCACCAUCCAACCGGCCGCUUCAGCACUGGCAAGGCCAUUCUUGCCAUUAACAAAGGCUUACAGAGGUACAGUCCGCUGGCAGGAGACCUUCUUGCGAAUUCAAUGCUGCCCGGAAAUGCGAUGAACGGAUCCGGCUGGUGCAUCUUCGUCUACAAUUUGGCGCCUGAGACCGAGGAGAAUGUUCUUUGGCAAUUGUUCGGCCCAUUCGGUGCUGUCCAAUCGGUGAAGGUGAUUCGAGAUUUGCAGACGAACAAAUGCAAGGGCUUUGGCUUCGUGACGAUGACCAAUUACGAGGAGGCCGUUGUUGCAAUUCAAAGUCUCAACGGUUACACUCUCGGCAAUCGAGUACUUCAAGUCAGCUUCAAGACAAACAAGAGCAAAGCUGCGUAG